AUGCCACCCAAGUAUAUUGUCACUGGUGUUAUAGCGCUUGUUUUGAUUUCCGCUGAUUACUUAUGUGGUUCGGUUGGAAGCGUGGAAAUCCCCAUGGCUCAUAAAUUUUGCAAAUGUUUUAACAAUACCAAUGACAUAGAAUUGGUGAAAUGUCAAUGUGUUCACAGCGAACUCGAAAAAAUUCCAAAUGAUCUGCCUACGCCUUUGCACGUGUUAAUGAUUGCAAAGGCUGCAAUUGAAAAUUUAACAAAGGAUUCAUUCAAAAACUACAAGAAGAGCCUUACAGACAUAUCGUUAAGAGAUCUAAAAAAUUUAGCUUACAUAGAAAAUGGCAUUUUUGAUGAGAUGGAUCAACUACUAACUAUUGUUAUUCGUACCGCUCCGAACCUUAAGGUGAUUUCUCCGACGCUGUUCAACGUGUAUUUGCCUAAAUUGAAAAUCUUGUAA